UUAUGUUACCUGUUGUCUACACCGUCAUGUCGCGCGAUAACAUUCUCCAAAGGUAAAAUUGAAUAGGACUGAUGCUGACACCAGGGUACCAGUGCAAUCUGUGUGGUAAGCAGGUGCAUUCCGCAAGGAUUGUUUUACCUGAUAAAGAUAGGUGCCAUAUCGUAUUUGUUCGUUUUAGUGCCGCAGCCAGGGAAAUAUUGCAAUGCAAUCUACUCCAUGUGUCAUGGUUUGUCCUCUGACGGAUUAAUAAGACCAGUGUGUAUUCAUGUGUUCAGGUAAACAGCGAUCUCUGUUUUCUUCAGGGACAUUUUACUACGAUGACAGUGCUACAGUUAACGAUGGUGUCCCGGCUAUGAUCCAGAUUUCGCAUGGUGAUAUGGUGAUUUAUCGAUCUACUACACCUAUGGCGGCUAGUCUUAAAUCCAGUAAUACCUUACGAGACACACUUUGUGACGUCGGUCAAUUAUCUGAGGUGGAUUUGUGAUAAUGAGUUCAACAAUAAAAAGCCAUGAUUCAAGAGAUAGCAAAUCUCAGGAGGAUAACGACGAUGUGUCUGAACCAAUCCGAGACCUACCGAACGAAAACGGUAAACAAACUACCGAUGUUUGUUCGGAACAGAGUUAUGGAUAUUUACAGGAAAAGCAUACAGAUAAGAAAACGGAGGACGAUAUUCAGUUGCCAUCUAAUGUACCCGACCAACAUACGGACAUUAUUGUCCAAAGUGAAAACGAUCAAGCCGUUCUGGAUGCAGGAAACUUAAAACCAGUGUAUUUAGAAACUACGUAUUUUGGAUCUCCAAAAAAACUCUCAGCAGCCGAUAUUGUUGUUGAGAUAAAAUCGUCAAUCAAACAAUCAAAGCUUACAAAUGUAACAAACUCGAAAGAAACGGGAGAUAAGUUAGAUGAAAAGUUAGACAAUCCCAUCACGACUCCUACAACCCAAGGACACUCGAACGGAUUAGCAGUUUCAGAAAACGCACCUCAGUCUAAAAAGUCACAACCACGGGGGAUUUUAAAAAACACGAAAUCGGAGCCGGUGAUCAUUAUCAGUGAGCAUAUUGAGAAAAUAAAGCAUUCCGACUCUACGGGUUUGAUUGAAACUUCGAGACCUGCAUGGCCUAGAUACGGAAAGAGGAAGUUCGUCAACGUCAGUACAAGUGCCAAUUUCUUUAGAAAUACACAGGAGUUUGUAAACCCAGCAUUCGAACUGGAUGAAAACCUUCCGUCCGAUUCCAAACUCUCAGAUAUUGUGAAUCUAGUGAUUAAGCAACAAACUGACCAAGAUCGAUAUGUGCAUCCUUUUGGCCAGAGCAACCUUUACUCUUCAAUGUUUCUGGACGAUACUCCCACUGCUAUACAAAACACCGAGAGGGUCAUCUUUUGGCUGAUAUUCGUCAUCAUGUUGGUUGGCUUGGCUGGUGCUAUAAUUCUCAUGGCAGAAAUGUACAGACUAGAAAAACUGGACAGUAAUGCAUUGGUUAACACGACGGCGGUAGCCAGCUGAGUUGCCAUGUCUGUUUACGUUAGACUGACAACGAAUCGCUCAAGACUGUCGACUUGAAGUCACUUUCCGGAUUUUAUUGAUGUUCUGUGAUAGCCAGAAGAGGCGAAUGGGGCGUCCUUUGUUUACCUACGUGUGGUGAGGCUCCUCCUGAUAAAGUUAAUUCUAUAACACAAGAUGAACGACGUACACUGAAACCAACAACAUGUCGACAUUUGAUCCAUGAUGGUAGUUUCGUGUAUAGAUAUGCCUCGGGGAUUUAUAAUCGAUUCUUCCCCUUAUGCAAACUUUGGAAUCCACGUAUAUGCAAUGUAUACUGCAAAACUGAUUUAUUUCUUCUUUGACAAACUGAUUUGUAUUUUAUUUUCAUACCAGGAUAUUAAUUAUCAAUCAUGUCGCUCUAAUGGGUAAUACGCUAUGUUAUAUGUAGAUUCACUAAUGUUGUACGAUCUGAGGAGAAAUCGGACAAAUCGGACAAAUCUUGCAUUACAUUUUAAUUGUAUUUAUACUAGGUAAUUAGUAUCUUUGUAUAUGUGUCCAAGGCAUCCAUUAGUAAAUGGUGCGACUGUCAUAUUCAUUUAUGAAGAUAAUGAUUGUACUUGCAUGUU